AUGGGUACUUUUCAUUCCGUGAUCACACCCAAAGAGCUCAUGUUCCCUCGUAGCCGUCAGCUCCUGCGCGCUCUAGCGCGUCGCAGCGCCGCAUCCUCGGCCACUCGCUUCGUGCACGCUCAUCCUGUGGCUGGGCGGGCCGCUGCCGCCCUGCAGACGCGCGCCACGUCGCCGUUCUUGGCUCGCAAUGGCGCGCUGCGCUCCAUGUUCAUCCAGACCGAACCAACACCAAACCCGCUGAGCGUCAAGUUCCUGCCUGGGCGCACAGUGCUGGAUGACCGCUUUACAACGGGCGUGGACUUUACACCUUCCUCGGAGGAGGUGCGUCGCUCGCCACUGGCCAAGAAGCUGUUCCAGAUCGAAGGCGUGACGCGCGUGUUCUUCGGUAAAGACUUCAUCUCGGUCACUAAGACGGAGGACGAGGACUGGGAUGCUCUAAAUGCUGAAAUCUUCGCGACGAUCAUGGACUUCUUCGCUUCUGACGAGCAAGUCAUGUCUGAUGAGCCUAUCAUCACGGACACGACGAUCCUGCCGGACGAUGACGAAGUGGUGGCCAUGAUCAAGGAGCUGCUGGAGCAGCGUAUCCGUCCUUCGGUGCAGGACGACGGUGGCGACAUUUUCUACAAGGGAUUCGAUGAGAAGACGGGCAUGGUCUUGGUCCAGCUUGCUGGCUCGUGUGCAGGCUGCCCCAGCUCCUCUGUGACGCUCAAGCACGGCGUGGAGAACAUGCUGAAGCACUACAUCCCGGAGGUGCGUGGCAUUGAGGAGUGGGUUGACGAAGAGCUCAACGCCGUGAACGAGAAGGAGUUCCGUACGCUCGAAGAGAAGCUACGCUCCGUCGGUAUCCCCAGCGAAUAA